AUGCUGCCCAGGUUCGUGCCGACUCAGUGCACGUCGGAGCAAGGCAUGUGUACGCCUGGAGCUUGCACCUGCCCCUUCCCACUCAUGAAGCGGGACUUGGUGACGCAGGAUGCCCUGGCUUGCUCCCAGUGUGUGGAAGAAUUCUGUCCAGCGGUGCCUGGAGGUACUGAGACAUGUACCGAGUCUGCCUGUGAGUGCGAAGAUCCUUCCUGGCCGAGGAUCGACGUUGGAUCGCCAGGGAGACCUUGCUGGCAAUGUGUACAUCCGCAUGUUGACAUGACGCUGCGGUCAGUGGGUGUUGAGGAGACUUGCCUUCGAGCGAUCGAAGGCAAUGAUGGCAUGCAGCUUGCUAGCUCGAAUUCAAGCUCCUGUACAGUCUUUCGCUUCGACGGCGCCUCGAUCUUGGUCAAGGAGCACAACACUAGCUGCCUUGCAUGGGCAGAUGAAUGGAAGUUGUUUCCUUGCAAGUCCGAGCCCAUCAAAUUUGCGCAACGUACCCUAUCCAAAGAUGAGGUUGGCUUGAAGGACAUGUACUGCGCAGCCCGAGGGAAGAACCUGUGCGUUCAAGCUGUUGAGUACAUGUGCACAACUGAUCCGGCUCAGUGCAGCACCGGUCCAUGCCGCUGCGAAGAUUCUUCGCACUUGCGCAAGGAGAUGCAGACGGUCAAUCGAUCUGUCUGUCACGUGUGUGCUCCUCCUCAGCCCAGUUGCAGCAUGUUUCCUGACUCUUGCUCUGCGGGUCCAUGCGAAUGCCACACUGGCUUUGUCAAGGUUAAACGUGACGAUGAUUGUUUCAGCUGCCGACCUGGGACAACUCCUCCAACAGGAUUGGCAUCGUUUCUGUCGUUUGCCUCAGCAGUUCUUACGUUUCUUUGUUGCGUUGCCCUGGGAGUUGCGGUGGGCUGCGCAAUACGCAGGUUUUUCGUCGGAGACAUUUCUGCCAGCGUGCGCCGUCGACGUCGGAAUGCUGCUCCAAGGACUUGGUCCGAACGAUGGGCUUUACGGCUGGAAGAGGUUUUUGAGGCCGUCUGCGAGACGGCUCGGUCGUGGAAGCCGCUGCGAUCUGCGAGCACUGCCGUGUGCAACUUCCUGGAUAUGUGUGAUGAUGCCCUGGAUCCAGUGUACACAUUGUUCGAGAGUGCUUUGGACGUUGCCCAGAAUGCCAUUGCUACCGCUACUCAGGACAGAUGUGGCAGGCGAGCCGCGGUGGAGCCAUUCUCCAAGCAAAACCCACGAAAAGAAAAAGAAAGCCAUCGACAAAGAGCUGCAACAAGGCACAGUGCAUCCCAGAAUGCUUUGCCAGGGAAGGAUUUGUCGCUGGCCGCUGGCAAUCUGUCCUGGGAUCCACUGCAUGCAAUGCACGAGGAAAAUGGCUCUUCCAAAGUGUCACCAAAGGAGUGGAUGAACGGCUUUGUUCCUGGUUUGGCUGCUCAACGAGACGCGGCUCGUGCCACGAAGACUUCUCCUGCGUGGCGCCUGGCGACCAGUGCUGUUCAACGGCUUCGGCAACGAAGGGAGGCCAAGGCCACAGCUGCAGCCAAGGCUGCACAGCAAGCCGUGCAACCACCGGCGGAAGAGGAGCCUCAAGUGGACGAAUCAUGGAUUGAUGCCAUGGAACGAAGGGAGGCGAAAGAGAAGGAGGCCAAGGAACGUGCUGCGGCACAACGCAGGGAACGUAAACACGCGGCCAGAGCCAGGCGCUCUCGAAAUGGUCACGAAGGUGCGGCUGAGGAUUGCGACCAGAUCGAGCACAGCGAGCGUGACAUCAUCCAGGUGGCCAGUGAAUCCGAGAGUGCACAGGCGAAGCUCCAGCAGGCUGGCGAAGAUGAAGGCGAGAUGACAAAUCUGCAAGAUGAGCUUCUCGUAUGUGAGGAUGGCGAGGAUUCAGGCGAGAGGACAAAUCCGCAAGAGGAGCUCCUCUUGUCUGAGGAUCGCAAGUUCAUCGACGAUGAGGUCGACGCAUCAUCUCAGGCAAGCGAUGGAUGGAUCAAAAGCUCCACCCAGAAAGUGCGAAAUACGAGAAGACGAGGUGACAUACAAGGAGAACAGGAACCUGCUGCGGAGCCAGAUCCUCAGCAUGAGGAAUGCAGCAGGCUGGAGCCUGAUGGCCAAAAGCAGAGCGACACGGAGAAGAUCGAGCCGCAGACGACUUCAGAUGCUGCAAGUGGCUUGUCCAAGCGGCAGCGGCAGCGGCUGCGGCAGCGACAAGCCGUGGAGGAUGCACGUGCAUCUGGUCGAAAGACAGAUCAGCGGGUCGAGGUCCGUUCCAAGAAGAUGGACAAAGCAGAAGUGGAAGUUUCAUUACACUCCACUGCAGAUGUAGCCACUGCGUCGGCAGCACCCCCGACAUCCACCGAAGAAGCACAAGAGACGAUUGCCCCAGAAGCAGAAGCCCACGUGCAGAAGGAAAAGGAGUCGAAGGAGGACGGUCCGCAGGGGCUCGUGCCAUCCUUUGCCGACAUCGUAGCAGGGAGACCCCCAAGGCCUCCUGGAGAAGAACCAAGAGAAUUGGAGGCAUCGGCAGCGCUGCAGUUUGCGGCGGACGCUCCAGAUUUCGUGCCGUUGGCUGCUAUGACUGAGAUGCCGUUCCAGGUCAUGACAGCUUCGGCAUACUCUGCACUUUGGGCACAAGCUGGCCUGGCUUCAUCCACGAGGAAGGCUAGGAGAGGUCGCAAGGCUCGCAGAGAGGGAGAUGAUCUGCAAGCCCUUCCAUUGACCACAGUUGUAAUCUCCGAGAUCCCAGAGCACUACACAGCAGAGUCUUUCAGGCUUUUGCUCGAUGGUUGGGGUCUUGGUUACAACUUCUUCUACAUGCCUCCGGAGAGGCAAGAAGAAUACGGCCAGUGUGCCAUUGUAAACUUUGUCGAUCCCAGCUGCGUGAUGGUGUGCCAGUGUGUGUUCCAGGCAGCCAGCGAGGGCAUCGUCUCCUUGUUCCCCAUACAGGGUCUGGAGAACAAUGUUGCUUACUGGACACAGGCCGUGGUCACCGAGGACAUGGUCAACGGACCCUUGGUCUUCCCGGGGGCAGCUGCCCAUUGGUCGUUUGAUUCAGCGAGUCUGCUGAACAGCAAAUUUUCACCUCAGAUCCGCGAGCAGUUUCAUAAGACAAAGCUAUGUGUCUUCAACAGAAACCAGAAGUGCAGUAUGGGCGCCCUGUGCCCGUUUGCGCACUCAGAGGAGGAGCUUCAGAAGGCUCCUGACUUGAAGAAGACCAAGCUCUGCUAUAACUUCUUCCGCCGAAAAUGCAACGAUGCUAACUGCAAGUUCGCACACGGGUAUGCCGAACUGCGAGCUACAGACACUGUCUUCAAGACGGAGCUUUGUCGCUGGUGGGCCAAUGGCAGCUGCAAGGCCGGUGCAUCGUGCAGAUACGCUCACGGUCUCAAGGAACUCCGAAGCAAUCCGACUUCCGCAGGUCUGCUCGCGGCUCCCAAUGAGUUCGCCGAGGCCGAGGAAUUCCGCUUCGAGCACUACGGAUUUAGUGACUCCUUGGGCCUGGAUGCCUCUUACGCAGAGGAGGAUGCAACAGGCUUUAUGCGAAUGGGAAGUGAAGAAACUUCCGAGGCCAUGCUGCAGGACCGAUCUGCCAGUGAAAGCGACACAGAGUUCGAGGCAUCCAACUUCCUCGGCCCACGUUGCGGCGGUCUUCCACGUCAGCAGACAGCUCCACCCACCGCGGCCUUCAGCAAGGAUGACGACAACAUCAUGUUGCGUAUCAAAGGCACCUUCAUGGAGGCCGUCCGAAUCGACGAAGAUAUUCCUCAAGUGUCUAUGCACCGCUCGUGGAGUGAUGGCGAUCUUGCUCAGCUUUGCGAGGCAAUUGAGAGUGAGUCGGAGGCCGAGUCUGAAUAG